AUGGAAAAUCAGAUCUCUACCAGCAUUGAUCAAAAUGUUAAUGACACCAGUAUCUUUGAGAUUCCAGACUAUGAGGAAGACAAAGGGGAUCAUCUUUACAAUCAUGUCCCUGAAGAUCCAGCUUCUCCUUCUUCCACCACUACUGACCCCGAGAUGAUGGAUUGUAGUCAGGAGAGCCCAGAAAACAGCCGCAGUAAUUCUGUGGCUUCUCAGCAUGAGGCUGAUGGGGAGAUUGGAUCUUCCUCUGAACACAGUGCUGAAGAUGACCACCCGUACCAGGGGAUGGAUCCGAUGAGCCCAGAUCAGGAAGAUAAAGAUGUGGAGGACAGAACAUUUGAGAACAACAUUUUUUGUCCUCCGGGCUUCCAGUUGCGUCGGAGCCAGAGCACUUCUUCCAACUCUCCAACUUCCCUCAAGUUCCCCCAUAGCAGUAACUUGAGAGAAACUGACAACUUUGAGGAAGAUUAUGAGAUUUUCUUGUUUGUAAAGGCUGGUAUAGAUGGAGAAAGCAUUGGGAACUGCCCGUUCUCCCAGCGUCUCUUCAUGAUCCUCUGGCUCAAAGGAGUUGUGUUCAACGUCACCACUGUUGACCUGAAAAGAAAGCCAGCUGAUCUACACAAUCUGGCUCCUGGGACCCACCCACCUUUCUUGACUUUUAAUGGAGAAGUCAAGACAGAUGUUAACAAGAUUGAGGAAUUCUUGGAAGAGACUCUUGCACCUCCAAAAUAUCCCAAGCUGGCUGCUAAGCACCGGGAAUCAAACACUGCUGGAAUCGAUAUCUUCUCCAAAUUUUCUGCAUACAUCAAAAACACCAAGCAGCAGGAUAAUGCUGCCCUUGAAAAAGGUUUGGUGAAGGCUCUGAAGAAGCUGGAUGACUAUCUGAGAACCCCACUGCCAGAGGAGAUUGAUGCAGACAGCACUGAAGAGGAGAAGGUGUCUAAACGCAAGUUUCUGGAUGGCGAUGACCUGACCCUUGCUGACUGUAACCUUCUGCCCAAACUCCAUGUUGUCACGAUUGUUGCAAAGAAAUACCGCAACUUUGAGUUCCCAACAGAGAUGACGGGCCUUUGGCGGUACCUGAAGAAUGCAUAUGCCAGGGAUGAAUUCACCAACACCUGUGCAGCAGACAAAGAAAUUGAGCAAGCCUAUGCAGAUGUGGCCAAGCGGCUUAGCAAGUCCUAACUGACCCCAGCAGUGGCUCAGCAUCCCUGGGGGAUUCCCAUUUUACAGACACUUCUCCUUGUUGCCUUAAGAUAUAUUUUAUCAUUAUGC